CUUUGCAGGGGGUCUUCGCGUAGAGGUGAAGACAGAGCCCGCAGGGUAGCCGGACCGCCCAGAGCCGCCGUGGCAGCGGUGCCAUCGUGUGCUCGUGCUGCAACGGAUGAGCAGAGGGAGCACCCCGAAAAGUAGCGCGGAGCCCGCCUGAGCUCCAGGCAACGGGCUUGGCCUCCAGGGCGCAGGGAGCGUCAUUCCCUUCAGCCGCCGGCCCUCAGGCGGCCUAAGGCCGGUGUGCACCGGAGCCCGAGCCCGCGCGCGGCCCCGGCCCCGCUGGAACUCGGGUCCCGCCGGGCCCCGGGGAUGCUGCAGCUCCGCUGUCCACCCGCACAGAGGAAGGGGACGGGGAGGAGCCUGUGCACGUGCCAGGGUCGCUGGAGGAGGCCGCGGCCGGCGCAUGCGCGCCCUCCCCCAGAAGGCUGGGACGCCGAGGGGCGCGCGCCCCUACCCGCGCGCGCACGCUCGCUCGCCCGCCCGCCCGUUCGCUCGCGCCGGCCGGCCGGAGGCUUCCCCGCCUGCGCUCCGGGUCGGAGCCACUCCGGCGCGUGCGCGCGUGGUCUCGGGCCGACCCGAGUGGCCGGGUUCCCUCGGCUCCCGGCCCCCGCCGCCCCCUCCCGGCUCCCAGCCAACCCGUUCCUCCCUUUCCUCACGGAAUGGGGCCGGCGCUGCUCGGGGUCGCGCGCCCUGGACCCGGCUCGCGCUCGGUCUCGCGCUGUCAGCCGCUGCUUGGCUCGCGCCGCCUUGCGCUUUCCCUCAGUCAGUGGCGCCGAAGGCUCCGUUAAGCGGCGGCCGCGGCCGCGGUUCCUGUUUCCGUUUCUUCCUCUCCCUUCAGUCGGGAGUAGCAUCCUCCACCCCGCCACCCCUCCCACUCUCCCGGCGCGGCCAGCUGCGGCUGAAGGCAGUGGCGGUGGCGACGGGGGACGGCGCCGACCGCCUCGCUCCCGCCUCGGGUUGCUGUUCUGGCUUAGGCCGUCUAUGACCUUGAUUGUGUUUUCAUUCAAGAUAACCCCUUUCCAUCUUUAUUGAUUAACUGAGCAAAUUCAGGUCGUUGAAGCAUUUUGUUUGAAAUCUUUCAAUCAUGUGGAGAGUCGUGGUAAUUACUUCUUAGAGAUACUCAUGUAGAGUCCACAAAGCACAAGACGGGAGAGCUUCCUCCUUGCCUCACCAGGAAGAUCUUUUUGUUAAGAGUCCACCACAGGACACCAGAGAGACUAAUUUGUCUGAAGCAUCAUGUGUUGAAACAACAGAAUCUUUUUUUCCUGUGCGGCUUACUAGAACCGGAGUACAAUGUUUCCAUUUCUUUGAGCUCCAGGAAGACAGAACGGGAGUUGAAACUCUGAAAAUGCGGCCAUGGACUGGUUCCUGGCGUUGGAUUAUGCUCAUUCUUUUUGCCUGGGGCACCUUGUUGUUUUAUAUAGGUGGUCAUUUGGUUCGAGAUAAUGACCACCCUGAUCAUUCUAGCAGAGAACUCUCCAAGAUUCUUGCAAAGCUGGAACGCUUAAAACAACAAAAUGAAGACUUGAGGAGGAUGGCUGAGUC